GCGCGGCUCGCGGCUCGGCCCCGCCUUCCCAGGCGUUCUAGAACUCUGGCUUACGAUGUGGAACGUUCGGAACGGCUUGGCUGCGGCUGCCACUUUGGCUCUCACCUCGGCGGGGAAACAGGCGAGUUCGCCUCGGUUGCUUCCUGCUUUGGGAGCUCCGUCCGGGAUAACCUGCCCCGGCUGUUCUCGGGCUCUGCAUUGUUCCAGACGACUCUGCCGAUCCCCCAGCGAGUUGAUCAAAAAGUUCCUCGUUAAAAAAAAGAAGAAGUUUUGGUAUUCUAGUCCUACACUUGGAUCUGAAGUGCUGUACAAACCAUCCAGCUUGACAGAUGUUUUAAAACUACAACCUCCAAAGAUCAGGAAACAAGAUAGCAUUCGCAAGAAAACUUUGAACGUUCUGUUUUUUCAAGCUGUACGGGACCUAUUGAGCACCCCUCUAGCUGGCCAAGAACUUUAUGAUCUCAAUGUGGAUGUGUUUAAGGCUUCCCUCACAUCAGAUUUUGCAAUAUGUCGCAUAUAUUGGAAGAGUUCCGGCAAUGCAGAAAAGGAUGAAUAUAUUCAGGAAGCCUUGCAGAGAAAAGCAUCAUAUAUUAGACAUCUUCUGAUAUCGUAUCGUAUCCGGGUAAAUGUUCCUUCAAUAACAUUUAUUAGAGACAGAGAAGAGGAGGCUAUAAGAGAGGUUGAGAAAUUACUGGCAAUUGCUGACAUGGGGCCUGAAGAAGAAAAUGAAUUAAUUCAGGAUGAUUUCAGUGAGGAAAAAUCCACCGCCGCUGAUACCCUUGGGGAGCGCUCCAUCCACACAAAUCUAUUUGGAAUUGAUCAUAAAACAUUAAAUAAGCAAAUAAUGGAUUACAAAAAAAUGAAAAAGAAGGAGGUCCUGGAAGGGACUUCGGUUCUAGAAACACAGUUGGCUGAGAUACGGCAACACCAAAAGAAAAUGAGGAGGAAGAAAGCUAGGAAAAUUUAUGAUGACGACCUUCAUCCUGAGGCGUAUUUGAUGGAGAGAUACAGUAAAGAUGAUUGGGACAGUAAAAUUUCAUCUUCGGAGAAUGAGGAACUAGAGUACAAGCCAAAGGAAGAUGGCAAUGAAUUAGAAAAAGAAAAGUAGAACUCUCAACUUUAAAUGAAUUUUAUAAAACUAUGGGUCAGUUUGAACUACCCCAUUAUAAAACAUCCAAUCGUUGAGUGGAGAAUAUUGCCGCUGAAAUUUCUCUCGUUUCUCCCCUCCUUUAUGCUUCAUUUCCCCCUUUCCUUAUUUAUAUAACUAUAAUUUGCUGUUAUAUCCCACUCUGGCAGCCUGUGAUUAGUUUUAUUAAAAUUGACUUGUUAACCUGCUAUAACCCUUGUGGAAUCUUUUGAGUUAGAUGAGCUCUAAAAAGUACAGCGAGGCCUUGACUUACAGCCACAAUGUAGCCUAAAAUUUCCAUUGCCAAGCAAGACACUUCAGUGAGUUGUCUUCAUUUUAUGACAUUUUUGCCAUGGUUAAGCAAAUCACUGCAGUUGUUAAGCAAAUCAUAUAGUUCAGGGCUGU